CCAGGAAGUGAUGCAUCUUAUGUCUUUGGUUCUUCAGUUGCUAUAGAUGCCUUUUAAUUUAUGAAUGUAUUCUGAUAUCAAUUUCCAAAUUAUUUUCAGCUCAGAUGCCUGGUACUAACCCAACCAUUCCUGGAAUGUUUCCUAAUAUGUUCCCACUAGCAACUGGCCAGCAGUUUCCCACCCUUCCUAUUAUGCCAGUUCAGGCUAUGACUCAGCAGGCCACUAGGCAUGCUCGCCGAGUGUAUGUUGGAGGACUCCCACCUACUGCAAAUGAACAGUCUGUUGCUACCUUCUUUAGCCGGGUCAUGGCUCUGAUUGGAGGGAACACUGCUGGUCCAGGUGAUGCUGUUGUUAAUGUGUACAUAAAUCAUGAAAAGAAGUUUGCUUUUGUGGAGAUGAGGUCAGUUGAGGAGGCCAGUAAUGCAAUGGCUUUAGAUGGGAUUAUUUUUGAGGGAGCACCUGUGAAGGUGAGGAGACCUAGUGACUAUAACCCAUCUCUUGCUGCAGCACUUGGUCCAAGCCAGCCCAAUCCCAGUCUCAACCUUGCUGCUGUUGGUCUAUCUCCAGGUUCUGCUGGAGGGUUGGAGGGUCCAGACCGCAUUUUUGUGGGUGGACUGCCUUAUUAUUUUGCCGAGGGACAGAUCAGGGAGUUGUUAGAGUCAUUUGGUCCACUGCGAGGAUUUGAUCUCGUAAAAGACAGAGAAACUGGAAACUCCAAAGGCUAUGCAUUUUGUGUUUAUCAAGAUGUUUCAGUUACGGACAUAGCUUGUCUUGCUUUGAAUGGAAUUAAAAUGGGUGAUAAAACUUUGACUGUUAGGCGAGCAAACCAGGGUGCUAACCAACCUAAACCUGAGCAAGAGAGUGUACUCCAGCAUGCACAACAGCAAGUUGCUUUACAGAAGCUCAUGUUACAAGGUUUGCCCACCAAGGUUGUUUGCUUGACUCAAGCAUUAAGUGUAGAUGAUCUCAACGAUGAUGAUGAGUAUGAAGACAUCGUGGAGGAUAUGAGACAAGAGGGUGGAAAGCACGGUGCAUUGGUGAAUGUCAUCAUCCCCCGCCCAAACCCAAAUGGAGAACCUUCACCAGGUCUUGGCAGGGUGUUCUUGGAGUACUCUGACAUUGAGGGUGCCAGAAAAGCUCAAACAGCAAUGAAUGGAAGGAAGUUUGGUGGAAAUCAAGUAGUUGCAGUCUUCUAUCCUGAGAACAAGUUUGCCCAGGGGGAAUACGAAGGCUAAUUAUUAUCAUGUCCCUCUAGGUGGAUCAUACUUGGAUUCUCUAUUUUGGUCCAUAGUGUUAGAUGUUUUAUAUAGAAUUCUCAUUAAAAGCUUGUUGUGUUAUUGAAUGUGUUUUUAGUUUCGCUUCUAAAAAUAGUCAUAAACGCAUCAAGUUGAAGAGGAAACAAGUUACUAUUAUUUUGUAAUUUUGGCUUAUCUAUUUGCCUUUUAACUCAACAAGCUUAUGAAUUCUAACUUCUAAGUUUUCGUUUGGUUGUUUGUUUUUGGUUCUGUUGCAAAAUUUGACAGUAUUAAAUUAAAUCUAAAAAGUUUAAUAAAUUUCAAAAAUUGAU